UUAUUGGACCAAUUCUAAGAUCAUUCAUUUUUUGUCAGCUCAAUAGGUUUGGAUAGAAUCGAUCAUGCGCAGUUAACUUUGAGAAUCAACCCCCUUAGUAUCGUACACUUUAUUAUAUUCCAUCUUAUUACUGGUUAGUCCAUGGGAAGAAAGGUGCCCCUUGUUGAUCAAGGAGGCAGUGAGAAACAACGACGGAAGUGGGGAUCGUGCGCCAUUUUCUAUUUUUGCAUAGCAGUGGAUUAGUGUGUUGUAUGUGUACAUUUUGUGUAUUAAAUCAAGAAAAUAAUAAUAAUCAUUUGAAGCUGAUUUGCCGAAGCAAUGAGAUGAUCGUUAAAAACGCAUGUACCAAAUAUUACGCUAUUAGGUUUACCCAAUUUAUCGUUUGCAUUAUUACGAUAAAGCCCGUUUUCGUUCAUAUAUAAACACUUUUACUUCAUGUCCCUUUUCGAGGAGUGAAUGGUGAGGAUUGUGUUUCGAUAAAACAGCGAUUGAUCAUUAAAUAGAACAAAAAAGAAAAAAGAAAAAAAAAAGAAAAGAAAUUUUCUUCCUUUAUCAUUUAAGGAAGGAACUGUGGCGUAUAUAAAGAGAAAAUCGGUCUGUGAUAUUAAACAGUACUUAGAAUAUAACUAAGUGUAAAUUCUACACAAUUGCGUAUACAUAUAUAUGUUGUGUGAAACAUAGAUAGAUCGUAUAAAGGACUAGAAAGAUAUUUAAAAAAAAAAAAAAAGAAAAAAAGAAAAAAAAAAAGAAAAAAAAAGAAAAAAAAAAGAAAAAAAAAGAAAAAAGGAAAAAACGUAGUGUAUGCUAUAAACUUUUCUUGUGGACGAAAGAAGAAUGUCUUUGGAAUCUGUGACAAGUGACAAACAGCUGCUAAAUCAAAAAACAACAGGAGAUGAUGCAAUUAUAUCGAUGUCUGUGGCCGGAGAGGUAACUGAUACUUCCAUUAUGGAAAUUGGACGUUCAAGACCUCAAUUUCAAUAUUCUCGGGAAAAAUUGAUGGUGAUAAAGGGUUUACCUUUAUCUAAACGCAGACCUGAUUUCCUGGAUACCUCUUAUAAUAAUACACGUGGUGUAUGGGACCCUGAACGUUGGCAUUCAAAUAGAAAAUGUAGUGACACACCGCCUAAAGAUGAAAAAGGUAUACGUUCUGAACCAAUUACUGAAAAUCAUAACAAGCGUCGCAAUGGUGAUCCUCGAGAACGAAUACGGAAAGAACAGGAUGGUAUUGUUUUAAGUCCCCAAAGACGAAGUUUUAAUUCUGGAUGUUUUGUUAAUGUGAACCAACCUCCAAAUAGACGCUCUGAAAGUCCAAUUGGUAAAACAGAGGUAAAAUGUGUCAGUCAUCGGGAAACAGUUCGACGAAUUGGUAGUGGUAGAAUUUUGACACGUGACAUAUGGGACUUCAGAUCUGAAAAUGAAAAACUUGAACCAGAACGUACAGAUUUCUCAUUUAGAUCAGGUACAAGUGCAGGUAGUACAUUACGUGAUCGUGACAAUAGAGAAAGUAGGGAAACAAAAGAUCGUGAAAAUAUACGAGAGAGAGAACGCGAACGGGAUAAUCUACGUGACCGGGACGAAAGAAAUGAACGAUUCGAACGUCGAUCAUUUGGUCGUGACUUUGGAGAUCGUGAAAGAGAUCGCGAUCGAGAUAGGGGAGUGGAAAGAGCUGAGCGUAAUCAUCAAAAUGAUCGUGAUAAGGAACGUGGACGCGAAAGAAGAUUUAGUAAUGAUCGUAGAAAAAGCUGUGGUGAUAAUCGUGAUGCAAAUGAACCUGAAUGGUUCAGCUCAGGACCUACAUCUCAGCAUGAUACUAUUGAAUUAAGAGGUUUUGAGGAUAUUCCAGAAGAAAAAGUAGUUAGUAAUAGUGCCAACGUUAAAACUAAGAAGUUAACAACUGCUCAAAAGAAACGUGGAAAAAGGAAUUCGUUAGAGAAAGAUGAAAAACAGAAUGAGAAUACAAUUGGUCCUAAAGGACGUAGUACCCCAACAACGCUAGAUCAAUCAAUUAAUGUUGUACCUGCACCACAUUCUCCUAUAUCAGAACAAAAUGAACCACCAUCUGAUUCUCAAAAGGAAUGUCAAGAUACUAGUGAUAGCAUUAUGACAGAAUCAAGUUCCGAGAUAACUGAGAAUUGCAACGUUCGUAAAAAUGAAGAAAAUAGUCAUCCUGAUUUCAAUCUAGACGAUUUCUUAAAAUCUGAUACUUUUCCUGGUGUUCCUGGUUUAUUAACAAAUGGAGUUGGUUCAAAUGGUGGAUCAUGUUCCCGAUUUAGUCAGUGGUUUAAGAGAGAAAGUCCUAUUCAGCAACAAACAGAGAGUCGUAGAGCUUCUAUACAGGAUGAAUUGUUAAAUAAUUUACUCAAUGAUAUUACUGAACCAAAUAUUCAAAUCCCAUCAGUUACUGAGUCAAAUACAUAUUUUGCUCCUAUAUCACCUGCUAAUCCAACAACAAAUAAUACUACAUCUACCACUGGUGUGAAACUUCUUGAAAUGUUGCAACGUGGUAAUAAGCAACAACAUAGUCAAAAUGGUCAAGUGGAUCUAACAACACCAGUUAUACCAUUAAUGAAAAGUUCUUCUAUCAAAGAUAUGGAAGUAGGUGGAAAAGUUGUGCAUAGCUUGGAAGAAUUAGAAGCACGAAUGCGUGGAGGUGUUCCUCCACCUUCAUCUACAACUGAACUGUCCCGUGUAAAUAAGACUGAAGAGGAUCUUUCUGCCUUUAAAAAAUUGCUUGCUCAAGUAACUGGUGGACAGGCUGUACCGGCAGCAAAUGGACCUAUGCCUCAAAAACCACAAUCUGUAACGUUAAUGCAGUUGCUUAAUUCACAAUUGAAAACACCACAACAACCAGUUGUUCCACAACAAUCAGUUACAGAUCAAAUUCAUGCUUCAACAUUCAAUCAUGUUGGUCCCAUUGCUCCUACUCAACAUCCACACCAAGUUCAAAUGCAACAUGAAAACUUAAUGAAAGUAUUGCAUAUACAACAGCAACAGCAAAAACAUCGACAACAACAUUCUGACAUGCUCUCCAUGAUAAUGAGUGGUCAACGAUUGAUGGGUGUUAGUCCUGUACCAACAGAAAUGCAAAUGAUGAUGAAUAAUGUUGCUACAUCUGGGCAAGAAUUAUUGCAAAGACCAGAAGCGCAGGCUAUAAUUCAAGGUUUGCAGCAAGGAGAGAUAACAAAACAGCAUCUGAUCCAACAAUUACAGAAUCCUGCCAUGCAGCAUCGACACCGAGAAGUUCUCGUUAAUAUUCUUAAAAUGUAUGGUGGAACUACAUCACGUGCGAUAAGCCCACAUCCAAAUGCACCUACUCCACAAGAUCACAUUUUGCAUCAAAUGUUAUAUCAACAGCAGCAGCAACAGCAACAACAACAACAGCAGCAACAACAACAACAACAACAACAACAACAACAACGGAUCCCUUCUCCCAUGAAUAAUGCUUAUUGUCCACCCCCAAUAAUUUCAUCAAAUGUAGCAACUAGUCCCAACACAUUAACAGCAAAACAUUCAGUGAUGCCACAUAGAGUACCUUCUCCACGGGAACUGGUUAUGCAUACUCAAUCCAUAAUGCAAAAUGCUUUAAUUAAGAAGAAAUUAGAAGAACAACGUGAAAACUUUCGUAAACGACAGGAUCAGCAACAACAGCAACAACAGAUUCAGCAAAGACCGUCCACUCCUGUUAAUUCUCCAGCAAAGCAAACAAUGAGUCCAACGCCACUUGCUUUUACGCCAACCUCAGUAUUACGCAAAAUGACUGCUGAUAAGGAGCCAGAGGGCAACAGCAAUGAUCUAGCAAAACUGGCUAACCAAAAUCAAGUGCAACAAAUGCAGUCUGCAGUCCAGUUACUCACACAAGGAGUUCUUUCACGACAUAAUACAUUGCGACCACAAUCUAUUCAGUCUACAUGGUCUAAUCCAAAUAUUAAACAGUAUCCUGGACGACCAAUAGUAAAAGGUGGUGGUGGUAGCAGUGUCAAUCAGUAUCAGUACAGUGGUGGCAAUUUAGACUUUCAACAGCAGCAGCAUAGAACUGUGACGAAUGUAUAUGGCAAUCCUGCACGUUCCAAGCAUGCUAUGACUCCUACAGUAUCAUCACAUCCUAAUGUUCCUCAAUAUAAUGUUACUCAAAAUACUAUAAUAAACCAACGAUCAAACCAUAUGAAUCCCCAAAUGAAGCAGGUUCAACAAGUUCAAUCACAUAUGACUAAUGUGCAUCAACAACAACAGCAGCAAUCACAACAAACGCGAUCUGCAAACCCACAAGUGCAACUUAUGUUGAAUCAAAACUACAACUCCAAUCGUUCAGAUGGGCGAAUGAUGCGAUCACAGCAAUUAAAUAUCAACGUUGGCCGUCAAAAUUCACCAGGUCUUGGAUUUAUGGGUAGUAAUGGUGGAGACUUAUCACCAACAUCAAAUCAGUUAGCACGAUGGUUUACUCCUGAACUUCUUGCACAAGCUCGGGCUGGUAAGCUACCAGAGCUUGGUCAAACAAAUGUUUUGUCAUUGGAAGAAUUGGAAAGACUUCAACAUGCUUCAACGAAGGUGCAUAAUUGAUUUAACACAUUACAUUUCAUUGAAAUUUUUUUUUCAAGUAGUAUAUUCCUGCUUUCAAAUCUUCCAAAUUGGAUUUGCUUUCAUAUUAAAGGCAUGAAUAUAAAACAUUAUUCAUAUUACAAAAACGCGCGAGUGAUUCAUAUGAAAUGGUGCUGGAAUUGUGAAAUUUCUUGUUACGCAAUCUCACAUGAAAAGAAGAUUUAAAAACAAGCAGAUACACAAUUGAUUAUAUAUUUUAAUCUUCAAGCAGCAAAUAGAGUGCAGUAUUUCUCCUUCUUUUUAUAAAUAUACAAAGUAUCUCAUAGGUUAAAUCCUUCAAAAUUUCAAAUUGUAUGUUAAGUAGGAAUUACAAAUGUACAGAAUAGAAAGUAUCAUGUAAGAUUUAUAUAGCUAUCAUGUAAAAGCCAUUUAUGACACAUUUAUGUGAACAGCUUUUCUGUAAGAAUGAUGUAUUGCUUAUAAGACUGAAACACUAAACACAAAAAUUCUUACUGAUAUAACAGUCAUAAAAAUCCAGAUCUUAUUUUAAAAUAAGCAAAUAUUAAAUGGCAGCAUAAUAAUGUUUAUUUGCCUAAAUGUGCAUGCAAGAGAUUUAUUAUAAUUAGGUUCCUACAAUCUAAUUAUAAUGUGAAUGCCAACGAUUUAUUACACAUUCAUAUAUAUGUAAAUUCUGAUUAUUUAUUAUUAUAAGUAAAUAUCCUAUGAUGUGGUACAAAAUAAUAAAUAGUAACACAUGAUGAAUGUUUAUUGUUACCACAAAAACUCGAUACUUGUAUUAGAGAUUUCACUAUGUUUCUUGCUAUAUACAUAUUUUUCUAUUUUAUGCAAUGCCACGAUAUAUAAUAUACGUAUAAUAUAUAUAUGAUAUAUGAUAUGCUUAUAUAUAUAUAUAUAAAAAUGUAUCAUGACAAUGCAUAACAUGAAAAAUUUGCAACAUUUUUUAGGCAAAUAAGAUAUAUGCUGGUUCAUCAAAUGAGUUAUAAAUCACAGUGCUAUGCUCUAAUACAAAUACCUAUGUAAAUUUAGGCACUGCACAUGUCCUAUCCCUAUAGUUACAGAUUUAUUAAUUCGAAAAAGUAUAUGGAUGGAAGAGACAGGAUUUUGUGCUUUUUAAGUUACAUGCAUAUAUUAUAAAAAUAGAUAUAUAUAAUAUAUACUUUAUAGAGUUAUGUGUGUACAGUAUCAUUCUCACAGAUGGAAGUAUAAAAUAAUAAUUUGAAAAAGAUUUUCAACAAAUUCGUGACAAAAUGUUUCAAAGUUUUCAUGUACUUACAAAAAAGCAUGUAGUGAAAACAUUUCACCAGGCAUAGAGAAACGGGUUUAACGAGAUAUCUUUGUACAUUAAAAAUAUGUAUAUCAUCGCUGCUGCUGCAAAUUAUAAGUUUGAUUUAUAAUUAUUUUAUCAUUAUCUGGUUAAACAUUUUUUAAUAAUUAAAUUUCAAUUGAUAUGAAAAAAGAUGGCCACAUUUAGAGACUUGAUUCCUUUCUCACUUUCUUCAUAUGUUGUAUUUUUUCUCUUAGUUUAUAUUUGUUUAAAAUAUCACAUUAUAUAAGCUGUAUUCAUUGGCUGUAUUUUCAAUGAAAUAUUGAAAGAUUAUAUUUCUAUUUAUACCUAUUAUAUCAUUUAUACCAAUUAUAUAUCACAAGAUGUAUUAAAAAUAUUAAGCGCGUCCUAUCGAUAUUAUUAGGAAAACUGUAUUAUAAACAGCAUUAGCUACUGAGGAAAGUGAAACAGUCUAAUAAAAUUCUUUAUUUACGAAAA